AUGAAAAAAAAUAGUAAUAAAUGCAAAAUUAAUUAUCAUGAAGAAAUAUUUACUUAUAAAAAUAUAGAAAAAUAUGAUGAAGAUGUUGUAGAUAUAGAUAACAAUUUUUUAAAAGUUCGUAAUAAAUAUUUGAAUAUAUUGAGAGAAAUAAAUAGAUAUGCAAAAAAAAAAAGAAAGAAAAAUAAUGUAAAAGAGUUGGAAAAAAAUAAUAAUAAAAUAAUUACUAAUAUUAAAAAUGAACUAAAAUAUAUAGACAUAUUAAUAUGUGGAGAUAAGAAUAGCGGAAAAACUACUUUUUUAAGUUGUAUAAGUUGUGUAGAUUAUUCUAAAACUAAUAUGUAUAAUUUUACAUUAAUUAAUAAUAAAACAAAUAUAAUAGAUGGACAAAAAAAAAAAAAUAAGACAAUAAUAUGGAAUUAUAAUAAACUAGAACUAUUAUCUUAUAUACCAAUAAUUUUUUCAAAGCUCACAAAUAGAAAUUAUGACGUUUUUAAGAAAGAAUUUAAGAAAGAUUUUUUAGAUACAGAUAUUUGUGAAUCCUCCAUUUUCAUAACAAGAGAUGAUUUAAAUUUUAUUAAUUAUGAAUUUAACUUAUGCAAUGAUUCUUUUAUUAAUGAUUUUGAUUAUAUUAAGAUAAAUUUUUGUGAAUAUGGUGAAGAUCUUUUUCGAAAAAUAAAGAACUAUUUUAGCAUACAAAGGAAUUGUAGAAAAUAUUUAAAAAUGAAAAACGAAGAUAAAGGAACAGAUAUAAAUAAAGAAAAAUAUGAAAAAAUAGAGAUCUAUAAUAAAUUGUGUAAAUUUAAUAAAAACGUAAAAAAAUUAUUUUGUUCUUAUAAAAUUAGAAACAUAAUUGAAACAGCUUUACUAAGAAUAAAGGAAACAAGAUAUAUUAAUUAUUUUAUUAAUUUAAAAAAGUGCUUUUUGUUAAUUAAGUCGAGUGCACAUAUUUACAACCUUAUGACAAAAAAAGAAUUUAAAAAAUGCAAAAAUAAUAUAAAAAUUAAAAAGAACAAUAAAUUAACUUAUAAUUCAUUAGUGUGUAAUAAUAUGAAUUUAAAAAAAAUCAUAUUUACACAUGAUAAUAAUAAGUUAUCUAGCGAAUUAAAAAAAAAAAAAAAAAAAAAAAAAAUUUUUCUAACCUUAAAUGAAGAACAUUUAUUGAAUACUUUCUAUUAUUUAAAUAUUAUAAAAGAUUUAAAUAAUUACGAUAAAAAAGAAAUGUUAUAUGUAUUAAGUCGUCUUUUUGAUUUUGAAAAACUAAGUAAAACAUUUAGUAUAUAUUUUAAUUUAAAUUAUAAUUUGAAAAUUUUUAAUACAGUAUUUAAUAAAAUAGAAAAUAAGGAAAACAUAAAGAGCAUAAAUGUGAAAGCCAUUUAUUAUUUAAUAAAAAAGUGUGUUAAUAAAAAAUGGAGAAUUAUGAAAAAAAAAAAAAAUAGAGAUAUAAUUUUUAAAUAUUAUUCUGAGAAAAAACUUAAAUACGAAAAAUAUACCAAAGAAAAUAAUAGUCAUCAUAAAAAAAAUAGACAUAAAAUGAAACAUUCAAAAAACUAUGAUAUAAUUGAAAAUAACGAAAAUACAAAAAAAAAAUUUUAUUUUUUAUUAAAGGAAACCUUAGAAGUUCAUAAUUUUUUUAAAAUUUUUUAUAAUGAAUACAUAUAUAAGAACAAAAAUAGAACAUAUGUAAGAAAUUUAGUAAAAGAAAGCUUCGAUAUAUGUUUUUUAUUUCUGAAAUUUUGUUUUUAUUAUAUUCAGAUGAAUAAUGUAUCUACUGUUUUUAAUAAGUUAAUCAUUCAUAAUUUUAUAUAUUUAAAACAGAUUGAUAUAAUUAAAAAAGAUCCUUUUAUUUAUAACAAUAUAUGUAUUCCAUCUUGCGUUCAUGCUUUUAUAAAUAUAUUGAAAUUUAAUUAUAAAAGCGAAGCGUUUCACUCUAUAAGGAAUUACAAAACGUUUUUAUUAAAAUUUAUUUUUUUUGGUAUAUCUUAUUAUAAAUUAAAAAAAAAAAGUUAUGACUUUUAUACGAAUAAAAAAAAAUUAAAUCAUAUAUGUUACUUUACCCGUGAUGUUAUAAUAAAUGCCAUUGUAGAUUUAUUUGAAAAAAAAUGUAAUGAUAGAGAUAAAAAAAUUUCAAAAAAGGAAAAUAUAACUUUAUCAAUUGAAAAAAAAUGUGCAAAAAAUAAAAAUGUAUUAAAAAAAAUAAUUAAUAGUAUAGAUAUCAAUAUACCACCAUUUAUUAUAAUAAAUAGUAUAAAAACAAAUUGGGUAUAUUUUAAAAAUUUUAUGAUAUUAUCUAAUAUGUGCUCGUAUUAUAAAGGGUUUUCUUAUAUUUAUCCUGAUAUAUGUUUUGAAAUAAUAAUUAAUUUUAAUAGAGAUAAAAAUAUUGAAAAUAUCCCUUUAUCAAAAAGAGAACAAAAAAAUUGUUUUGCUCUUUGUUUUGUUCCAUUAUGUAAUAUUUCUUUUAAAAAUAAAAUUAAGAAAAAGAAAGUUUUACACUUCCCUUUUAAUCAUAAAUUACUUAAAUAUUUUAAUGACAACAUUAUAGUAAAGAAAGAAAAAAAUAGUCACUUACUAUUUCAAUUAUUAUGUAGGAAAUUUUUUAUUAUGCUUAAAAAAUUUUUAAUGUAUUAUAAAAAUGAAAAUUAUAAAAUUGAAGUAGAUUUUAUUUUUAUACUAUUAAAUUAUGUAAUGGAUAUAUAUUAUUUAAUGUGUUUUGAGAAAAAAAAAAUUUAUUCUUCUAACGAAAAUGACAUUGUUAUUACUAAUAAUAUGUAUUCCAUCAAUGAAGGAAUUAAGUUUAAAAAAAAAAGAAUUAAGAAAAUUAUUUUUCAUAUUAAUCAAAAUAAUGUUAUAUUUAAUUCACUCUUUUUUCUUUGGGAAGAUAUCAAAUACAAAAAAAAAUAUUCUUUAAAAAAUAAAUAUAUAAGAUAUUUAAAAAAAAAUUUGUUUUUUUCAAUUGUAUGUAAAUAA